AUGGCCCCUGUUGCUGCAGAAGAUAUUGCGCCGGACGCUGCCGAGCGACAGCAAACCCCUGACCGCUUCGACGCCGCCCGCCCAUUCCUUGGCAAGGUCGCUCUUGUCACUGGAUCCGGUCGUGGAAUUGGCAAAGGCAUUGCUCUCGAGCUUGGCAAGCGCGGCGCCAAAGUUAUUGUCAACUACGGCUCCUCCGCUGCUGCUGCCGAGCGAGUCGUUUCGGAGCUUGCAGAUAUCGGCACAAAGGCCAUUGCCCUCCAAGCCAACAUAAGCAAGCCAGCGGAGGUCGUCGAGCUCUUCGAUCGCGCUAUUGCUCACUUUGGCCGCAUCGACUUCGUCAUUUCCAACUCGGGCAAGGAGGUUUGGUGCCCGGAGACUGAGGUCACUCAAGAGCUGUUCAAUGACAUUUUCGACCUCAACUGCCGUGGCCAAUUCUUUGUCGCCCAGCAGGGUCUCAAACACUGCGCGCGCGGUGGCCGCAUCAUACUGACGUCGUCAGUUGCUGCUUCCAUGGGCGGCAUUCACAACCAUGCCCUGUAUGCCGGCUCCAAGGCUGCUGUCGAAGGCUUCACGCGUGCCUUUGCCGUCGACUGCGGCGAGAAGGGCGUAACUGUCAAUGCCAUCGCCCCCGGCGGCGUGAAGACAGACAUGUAUGAUGAAAAUGCUUGGCACUAUGUUCCUGGCGGCUUUAAGGGCAUGCCCAUUGAGACCAUCGACCAGGGCCUUGCCAACAUGAACCCCCUGAAGAGGGUUGGUGUGCCCGCCGACAUUGGCAGAGCCGUCUCCGCCCUGUGCAGUGAAGACUGCGAGUGGAUCAACGGCCAAGUUAUCAAGGUUACGGGUGGUGGCACCUAA